CGCACCACGUAGUGUCAGCUAUUCAUAUGAACAACAUUCAGACAGAAUUCAUUAAGGGGACAAAUUAAGACCACAAUAAUGACUUGGAUGAUGAAGAGUGUGUUGGCAGUAAUUCUGAUAUUGGCAAGAGGUAAAGCACAAGCCCUUGGGAACAAUUUCACCAUCGACAUGGGAACACCAGUAACCCCAAUGCCUGUUGUGCCUAGUACAACACUGCCUCCGCCUACUUGCACCCACUCAUUCGUUCUCCUAGACGGAUCCUGCUACAAAGGCAUCAAGGUGUCCGCAACAUGGCCUGAGGCACUGGCUUAUUGUGAGGUAUUCGGGGCCGAGCUAGCUAUCAUUAAAUCCCAGCAGGAGCAGACAGCUGUGGAAGGAUACCUAAAGACUUUACAUGAUCCUGAGUAUGGUAGUACCGAUCAUCAUCAGUACUGGUUCGGAGCUAACGACUUUGUAACUGAGGGGGACUGGAAGUGGGCAGUUACCACGGAGACGAUCAACUAUACCAACUGGCGGCCCGGCAAUCCAGACAAUGGCGGCGACGACAAGGACUACGACGAGGAACACUGCGCGGAAAUGUCAGAAGAACACAGCUGGCAGUGGAACGACAAUGGGUGUGAGGAGGAGAAGCACUUCCUGUGUGAAAUGAUUAAUGAAGAAAACUAGUUCACAGCCAUUGCACUGGUGCCUAAUUAUUUGAAGGAUGGAAAAUUGAUAAUGAAGAUUAAAA